AUGCCUGUUCUACUCAUCCGAGAUGACGAGACGGAGUCGGGAGCGGGCACCGAUAAGGAUAGUUUUCCGUGGGUGGCUGUGGCUGGCGGCAGUGUAGUGCUGCUCGUCUUUGGGGCGGCGAUGUGGUGGUUCGUGAUCAGACCGCGCAGAGGGAAGACGCAGACCAUACCUCAGGCCGCAGAUUUGGCCAAUGAGGCGGGGUGUCGUGACGCUACGCGCCCCUACACCUAG